AUGACAUAUAUCACACAGGAACUUAACCUUCUCCUCAAGACUCCUGCUGAACACUGCUUGAGGAUCGACGAGCUUCGUGCUGAGGCCAGUGCCAGGCACAUCCAGCGUGUGUGGAGAUGCCACAGUCAAGGGUAUAGCUGCCCGAGCACCGGAGCCAGUGUGAGGGACAGCGCCCGCCCAAUAGGUCUAGGAAAAACGUUCUUCACGGCCCCGGAGAUUUCUUCUAGAAGCGACCAUAUUCCAACGUUGGACAUCACUUUGGAGGCUCUUGGACGCCGGGUGGCGAGUCGACAGCAAGCGAAGGAACAUCUUAGGGAUACAAAGCAGGAAAGAUCAGGAGGGAUGACUAACAAGAUGGCACAAGACAGAGCAUGGCAGCUGACAGCUGCUUUCAACCAAUCACACACCGGCCGGUGUUCUGCUGCAAAGCGCCGGAGCACGAGAUUGGCAAAUUUCAGGAAACUUCAGGAUCAGCUCCUGCGACCGCCCAAACUAAAUAGCACAGGAAGAACUAGUGUCAGUGCAAAGCGCCGCGAAGGUUCCCAAAGGCACCAGAUGGUGAUGGACACAGCGGUAGACAAGAACUGGUAUGAGACAGAGGACCCAGCUCAGCGAGACCGGGCGCAACGGGCGCACAAGCUCGCGUUGGCAGCCGCCAAAGACAGUGGAAUAAAGCCGUGGGCUACUAGUCUUCCAUCAGACGUUGGGGGCUACGACGACCUGCUCGACAUCCGCCGCUUGGUACCAGCGUGGCCCACACACACUGUAGGUGGGCGAGGUGCUCUCGACUUCGUGGAUGGAUUCAUUCGCAAUCAACACACAAGCGAUGGUGGUUCUGGCACCGGUGACCGCAAGUUUGACAGCGACGAAGCAUCACUCUGGUGGUACGUGUACAGCACGAACGGGGCGCAAACGUCAGGCCUACAGCAAGAGCAGGAUGGAGUAUUUGUUGAGCUCCUGGAGAGAGCGAAGACCACACCGAAGCGAAGGAAGGAACACGCCGAGCGAGACGAGCAGCAACACCAACUAAUGGUGGCCCGGAAGAGGCAGAUCAUCAUCGACAAGAUGAUCCACCGACGGAAAGUCGCCAGCUGCCCAAGUCUAUCGUGUUUCAAGCAGCGCGUGACGCUAGCUCAGCGGCGUGCGGCAAUAACCAUCCAGGCAUUCAUUCGGGGUUGCCUUGAGCGCAAACAAGCGUCAUUGCUGCGUGCUGAGGCGAGGGUCUUCGGCGCCUUACAGGUCCUCCUGACCGAACUUCGCCAGCCGGAGUUGGAGGCAGAGGACACCACCCGACCUCUGCAAACGUUGGGCGUCAUCCUCGCCGAUCACAGCAUGCCAACCUGCAGGAGUCGCUCGCCGCGGCGUCUACUGCGCAUGCGUGACGAAUAG